UGCUACAAUUGCAAGAAUGAACUGAUAUUGCUAAUUGAUUAACACAUAUUCCUUUUCCUUUGUGUCUUCUGAGCGCUUGAAAUUUAACAAUGUCGACAUUUAGGCUCUAUCGACCGUGUUUGCGGCUUCGGAAAGCUUUAGCUAGGCCGCUCUCCACAACGACGCCACGCCCAGCUGGGGAUGUGAGGAUUGUCGAAGUUGGACCGCGCGAUGGCCUGCAAAAUGAGAAAAACACAAUAUCGUUGAGUACAAAGUUAGAGCUGAUUGACAAGUUAUCAAGGACAGGAUUGCACAAUAUUGAGGCAGGGGCGUUUGUUUCGCCGAAAUGGGUCCCGCAAAUGGCGAAUUCGGCCGAAAUACUGGAGCAUAUACUAGACUCGCCGCUUAUUACUCGAGGCAAUGCGUACUCCUUUCUUGUGCCGAAUGUCAAGGGCUUGGAGAAUCUACUGGCAGUCUCAGAUGCAAACAAGGGUUCCAAGACAUCAUCUUCCACAGGAAAAUACAAUUAUCCCACGCCUCCUCCAUCACCUGAGGGGACAGCGCCGAUAACAUCAACUCAAGAUCCCAAUGAGAUGCCCUCCGGUUCGACAGCCCAGGGUGAGGCAUUGGCCCUACCAAUUGAAGUGUCUGUAUUUGCCGCAGCAACGGAAACAUUCUCGAGAAAGAAUAUCAACUGUACCAUCGAAGAGAGUUUGGACCGGUUCCGGCCGAUUAUGGCACUUGCAAAGACAAGAAAUAUUCGAGUCCGGGCAUAUAUAUCAGUCGCGCUGGGAUGCCCGUACGAGGGACCAGAUGUGUCUGCCUCAAAGGUAGCUGAGCUAGCUGCAACCCUUUUCGAGAUGGGCGCGGAUGAAAUUUCCGUGGCUGAUACGACCGGCAUGGGAACCGCCCCACGGACAAAAGAGCUGCUGCGUACUUUGUCUGCCUCUGGAAUUCAGAAUCAGGACUUGGCUGUGCACUUUCACGAUACCUACGGUCAAGCACUCGUGAAUACUGUGGUCGCGCUCGAACAUGGUAUUAGAGUAUUUGACAGCAGCGUCGCAGGACUGGGAGGAUGCCCGUUCUCAAAGGGCGCCACUGGAAAUGUUGCUACAGAGGAUCUCCUCCACUGCUUGCAUAGUCUCGGUGCAAAAACUGGAGUUGAUGUCGAAAAGGUUGCAGAGAUUGGCGCAUGGAUCUCUGAUGAACUUGGCCGACCGAACGAGAGCAGAGCCGGAAAAGCGAUUCUGGCAAGAAGAGCACAAUAAUAUAUUGGCGACUGCUCCAAGUUGUGGUUCUUGAGAUCUGGAAUAUUGAUGUCUUCAUUAAGGCGACUAGGUUUUCGAUGCAUGGAUGGGGCAAGAAUAGCUGUAACUUGUCUCUUUUCCUUUUGUUCUUAUUUAAUGUAUGAUGUAGCAACCUCUUGUAUGUACAGUAUAGUAGAUGCUCCCGCAAUCAAAUCGCAUGUACAAUCACCCAA